AUGGCAGGAAGAAGGCGCAACAGAGGCGGUAACAACCAGCAACAGACCCCGCGGGGACCAAGACGACCAUCAGGCAGGGCUCUACGGGAACCAGCUGCUUUUGCCAAACCGUCUGGUUAUGAAUCAGAGGUCCCCCAUGAAAAGUUGACCAUAGCCCAAGCGAAGAGAGGCACACCAGCUCAUAGACCAGUGCGGGUGUACGCUGAUGGCAUAUUUGAUCUUUUUCAUUCUGGACACGCCCGAGCACUGAUGCAGGCAAAAAAUGUGUUUCCCAACACGCACCUGAUAGUGGGAGUGUGUAGCGAUGAGCUGACCCACAAGUUUAAGGGCUAUACGGUGAUGACUGAGGACGAGCGCUACGAAGCCUUGAGGCACUGCCGCUACGUCGACGAGGUGGUCCGUGACGCUCCCUGGACCCUCACUGAAGAGUUCCUCUCAAAGCACAAGAUUGAUUUUGUGGCCCAUGAUGACAUCCCUUACACUUCUGCUGGAUCAGAAGAUGUUUAUAAGCACAUCAAGGCAGCAGGAAUGUUCGUGGCCACUCAGAGGACAGAAGGCAUCUCAACGUCCGACCUGAUUACUCGCAUCGUACGUGACUACGACAUCUACGUACGACGCAACCUGCAGAGAGGCUACACGGCCCGAGAACUCAACGUCGGAUUCAUUAACGAGAAGAAGUACCGCCUUCAGAACCAAGUGGAUAAGAUGAAAGAGACGGUCCGCACAGUGGAGGAAAAGUCCAAACACUUUGUGUACCGAGUGGAGGAGAAGAGUCAGGAUCUCAUUCACAAGUGGGAAGAGAAGUCUCGAGAAUUCAUUGGCAAUUUUUUGGAGCUUUUCGGACCCGAUGGAGCUUGGCAUGCUAUUCAGGAGCAAAGUGGGCGAAUGCUCCAGGCGCUGUCUCCUUACUCAUCUCCACGCGGGUCCCCCAGCAGCAGUCCCACCAGAGUGCGCUCACGUUCUCCUGGAUCCUCUCCGGCCUCCACCAGCACUUCUCCUGCCUCAACUUCUCCACCUGCUUCUCCAUCUUCCCGUCGCCAUACUUGA